AUGGAAGAACAUUAAAAUAACGUUAUAGUUUAGUUAAUUUCAUUGGUUUAUGGUUAUAACAAAUAAAUUCUAUUUUACAAAUCGUAUGAUUUUAUAAACAAUCAAAUAAGUGAACUACGAUUAUGGAUCCAUACGAAAUCGAGUUUAUUGGUGAAAACAGAAUCGUCAGUGUAAUACCAAACUUCUCAUAUGAUAAAAUCUAUUUGAUUUGUGGAGAAUUUGGACCGUUUCGCGCUGGUUUACCGCUAAAUGUUCCAUUAUGGUUAGCAAUUAUGUUAAAACAAAAGCAAAAGUGCAGAGUAGUACCACCGGAUUGGAUGGACGUUGAAGCCUUAGAAAACAUCAAAGAAGAGGAAAAACGAUCAAGGUUUUUUACAAAAAUGCCAAAUGAACACUACAUGGUCGAAGCAAAACUUAUUCUUGGAGUAGCAGCUGAAGAUGUACCUAAUGCAGCAGAAAUUAAGACUAUAAUAAAAGACAUUUGGGAUAUUCGCAUGUCCAAGCUGAGAACUUCAAUGGAUGCACUGAUGAAAUCUGGUGGAAGUUACGGUAGGCUGGAUCAUCUGACAAUGAUGGAGAUAAACUCGGUGAAACCUUUGCUGCCUUCUGCUAUGGAUGAGUUGUAUAGGAUAAAAAUGAUGACAAAACAUAGAACCCCAACUGCUAAUUUGAACAGUUCUACAAUAAGUCAAUCUGGAAGCUCGCAAAACAUAUAGGAUUUUUAAGGUUUCUUGUUAUAUUUAUUAAGAUGUUUUUUUUUUAAGAUUGUGAUAUUAAUUAUGUAUUUUUCAAAUAAAAACAACAGACUAAUAGUACCUAUUUAUUAUAAUAAAUUAAACAUUGGUUGCAUGAAUAACAAAAUUGAGAUAAGAUUCAGGUUAAAUGCUAAUAACUUAU